CUGGCCACGAUCGAAGUCAUCGAGAGCGAAGGGCUGGUGACCAACGCGGCCGAUCGGGGACGACAGCUCCGGGACGGAUUGGAAGGGCUCAAGGAUAAGUAUCCCCUUAUGGGCGAUGUCCGCGGUAUGGGUCUGAUGCAGGCCAUCGAGAUGGUAGGGCCGGACAAGACCCCGAGCCCGGAAGCCGUCGCACGGUUGUUCGAGCUGACCAAACAAAACGGGCUGCUGAUCGGAAAGGGCGGACUCAUGGGCAACGUGAUCCGCAUCACCCCGGCGCUCAACGUCACCCGGGACCAUGUGGACGAGGCGCUCGAUCGGCUUGACCGGUCGCUGGCGCAGAUGGGACGUAACUUCGAAUGA